GGGGCCGGUCUCGCCUCACAUGGUGCUGGCCGCAGCCAUGAGCCAGGACGCGGACCCCAGCGGUCCCGAGCAACCGGACAGAGAUGCCCGCAACGUGCCCGGUGCCCCGGCGCCUCCAGCGCCGCCGGGCCCGCGAGGGAUGCAGCCGCCGCCGCCGCCGCCGCCGCCGCCCCAAGCCGGCCUACCCCAGAUCAUCCAAAAUGCCGCCAAGCUCCUGGACAAGAACCCCUUCUCGGUCAGUAACCCGAACCCUCUGCUGCCCUCGCCCGCCAGUCUCCAGCUGGCUCAACUGCAAGCCCAGCUCACCCUCCACCGGCUGAAGCUGGCACAGACAGCUGUCACCAGCAACACUGCGGCCGCCACGGUCCUGAACCAAGUCCUCUCCAAAGUGGCCAUGUCCCAGCCUCUCUUCAACCAGCUGAGGCAUCCGUCCAUGAUCAGCGCCCCCCAAAGCCAUACCGGGGUGCCCCAACAUGCUGCAACCAUGCCCAGUGCCCGCUUUCCCUCGAAUGCAAUUGCCUUCUCACCCCCCGGCCAGACACGAGGCACAGGACCCUCUGUGAGCCUUCCCAGCCAGCCUCCCAAUGCCGUGGUGAUGCAUCCUUUCAGCGGGGUCAUGCCUCAGACCCCUGCCCAGCCAGCAGUCAUCUUGGGCCUUGGCAAGCCUGGGCCCACUCCUGCUGCGGCAGGGUUCUACGAGUAUGGCAAAGCCAACUCUGGCCAGACGUAUGGCUCUGAAACAGACGGUCAGCCCAGCUUCCUGCCAGUCUCAGCCUCUACCUCGGGCAGUGUGACCUAUGAAGGGCACUACAGCCACUCAGGGCAAGAUAGCCAAGCUGCCUUUCCCAAGGACUUCUACGGACCCAACUCCCAGGGGUCACACGUGGCAGGCGGAUUUGCGGCUGAGCAGGCCGGGGGCGUGAAAGGCGAGGUAGGUCCGCUGCUGCAGGGUCCAAACAGCCAGUGGGAGAGCCCCCACGGAUUCUCUGGCCAAAGCAAGCCUGACCUUAUGGCAGGCCCCAACCUGUGGCCUCCAGCCCCUAGCCAGCCCUAUGAGCUGUAUGACCCCGAGGAGCCCACCCCAGACAGGACCCCUCCUUCCUUUGGGGGUCGGCUAAACAACAGCAAACGGGGUUUCAGCGGUGCCCGGCGGCGGCGGGCCAAGGAGGAGCAGGCGAUGCUGUCCGUGCGGCCCCUGCAGGCUCAGGAGCUGAAUGACUUUCACGGUGUGGCCCCCCUUCACCUGCCACACAUCUGUAGCAUCUGUGACAAGAAGGUGUUUGAUUUGAAGGACUGGGAGCUGCACGUGAAAGGGAAACUACACGCUCAGAAAUGCUUGGUCUUCUCUGAAAACGCCGGUGUCCGGUGUGUACUUGGUUCGGCAGAGGGAACGCUGUGUGCCUCUCCCAACAGCACAGCCGUUUAUAACGCUGCUGGGAAUGAAGAUUAUGCCUCAAAUCUUGGAACAUCCUAUGCGGCCAUUCCAGCAAGACCAUUUGCUCAGUCAAAUCCUACAUUUCCUUCGGCUUCCCCGGGGACAAAUUUUGCACAGCGGAAAAUGGGUGCUGGCCGUGUGGUACACAUCUGUAAUCUCCCUGAAGGAAGCUGCACUGAGAAUGACGUCAUUAACCUGGGGCUGCCCUUUGGAAAGGUCACUAAUUACAUCCUCAUGAAGUCUACUAAUCAGGCCUUUUUGGAGAUGGCUUACACAGAAGCUGCCCAGGCCAUGGUCCAAUAUUACCAAGAAAAAUCUGCUAUGAUCAAUGGUGAGAAGUUGCUCAUUCGGAUGUCCAAGAGAUACAAGGAAUUGCAGCUGAAGAAACCUGGGAAAACCGUGGCUGCCAUCAUCCAGGACAUCCAUUCCCAGAGGGAGAGGGACAUGUUCCGGGAAGCAGACAGAUACGGCCCAGAAAGGCCGCGGUCUCGCAGUCCGGUGAGCCGGUCGCUGUCCCCGAGGUCCCACACUCCGAGCUUCACCUCCUGCAGCUCUUCGCACAGCCCUCCGGGCCCCUCCCGGGCCGACUGGGGCAGCGGCCGGGACUCGUGGGAGCACUCUCCCUACGCCAGGAGGGAGGAGGAGCGAGACCCGGGCCCCUGGAGGGAGAACGGGGAGGACAAGAGGGACAGGACGGACACGUGGGCACACGAUCGCAAACACUACCCCCGGCCACUAGACAAAGCCGAGGUAGACGAGCGACUGGAAGGAGGGAGGGGCCACCGAGAAAAGCACCCGAGGUCUGGGUCCCCCAGCCCGCUCCACUCGGCGCUGGGCUACAAAAGCCGAGAAGACGGCUACCACCGGAAGGAGCCCAAAGGCAAGGCGGAGAAGUAUCUAAAACAGCAGCAGGACGCCCCCGGCAGGUCCAGGAGAAAAGACGAGGCCAGGCUGCGGGAAAGCAGACACCCCCACCCCGACGACGCGGGCAAGGAGGACGGGCUGGAGCUGAAGGUUAGGGCGCCCGAGAGCGCCAAGUGUAAGCAGAGUGAGAAAAACAGAACCAAGAGACCCGAGAGAGACCAAGAAGGAGCUGAUGACAGAAGAGAAAACAGAACGGCAGAGAGUGAGGCUGGAAAAGAGGAACAGGAGGGCAUGGAAGAAAGCCCCCCAUCAGCGGGCAGGCAGGAGAAAGACACAGAGUCCUCUGACCCAGAAAACACAAGGACAAAGAAGGAGCAAGAUUGGGAGAGUGGAAGUGAGGCCGACGGGGAGAGCUGGUACCCCACGAACAUGGAGGAGCUGGUUACAGUGGACGAGGUGGGGGAGGAAGAAGAUUUUAUCAUGGAACCGGACAUCCCAGAGCUGGAAGAAAUUGAACCCAUUGACCAGAAGGACAAAAUCUGCUCAGAAAUGUGUCCCUGCCUGACGACCGCCUUACACCUGGACUUAGCCAAGGAUUUCUCCCAGGAGGAAGUUAAGACCAUGGGUAAUGGGGCUACAGAAAUCAGCCUCAAGUCACCCAAAGAACUUCCUUCUGCCUCCAUGAGCUGUCCCAGUGACAUGGACGUGGAAAUGCCUGGCCUAAAUCUGGAUGCUGAGCGGAAGCCAGCUGAAUGCGAGACAGGCUUCUCGCUGGAGGGUUCAGGUUGCUACGAGAAGCAGGCAAAGGGAGCAGAGAGCUCAGAUGUUCAUCUGGCCCCCACACUCCAGCAAAUGUCUUCCCCCAAGCCAGCAGAGGAGAGGGCCCGGCAGCCUAGCCCACUUCUCGAUGACUGCAAGGCCAGAGGGACCCCCGAAGAUGGGGCUCGUGAAGGCAGCCCCCUGGAGGAGAAAGCCAGCCCCCCCACCGAAACCGACCUCCAAAGCCAGGCUUGCCAAGGAGUGUCGACCCAGGAAAGCUCCAGAUAUAUGGAAAUGAAAUCUCUGGACGUGAGGUCACCGGAGUACCCUGAAGUGGAACUGAAGCAGCCCCUUUCUCUGCCUUCCUGGGAACCAGAGGAUGUGUUCAGUGAACUGAGCAUUCCUCUAGGGGUAGAGUUCGUGGUGCCCAGGACUGGGUUUUACUGCAAGCUGUGUGGACUAUUCUACACAAGCGAGGAGGUGGCGAAGAUGAGCCACUGUCGCAGUGCUGUCCACUACAGGAACUUACAGAAGUACUUGUCCCAGCUGGCCGAGGAGGGCCUGAAGGAGACUGAGGGGGCAGGCAGCCCGAGGCCCGAGGACAGCGGAAUCGUGCCCAACUUUGAAAGGAAAAAGCUCUGACACCCCUGCUGCUGCUGGAAGCCGGGAGAGGAGGGCCUGCGAGGUGGGGCCUUCCUGACCUCGGUGCAGGAACUGAAGCCCAAGAGGAAGGAAAACCAGGCAGGCCGCGUGGCCUGGGUUUGUUCUCAGAGACUCAUGAAAACGCCGUGAAGUGUCUCCUAGAGCUGUCACCCUGCUGUGUCCAGCCCCCUGAGGGUCGCCCUCUCUCUGCCUGUUGUCUCUUUUGUUUCCUUCAAACCUUCAAUUUGCUUCUCUCUCUUCCUCCCCCUCCCUCCCUCUCUCCUCUUUCUGUGCCAAGGGUCAGUUCCAUUUCAUAAAAUCCAACUUCUCAGGGAUUUUCACAGUGUUCAAAUUCUUGAUGGGCUAGAACAGGUCAGGCCAGGCUGAGUCAUCCAAGGGAAAGAUUUCACGGAAACUCCUGGGUCAGGAACCACUUCAGUGAACCUGGAGCGGUUUCUCUGCCUGGGAGGAGGGUGUUGGGGGAGGUUGGUGCUGAGUCGGGCCCUGCAGUCCUGGAGAGGGGGCACCCUAGACAGUCAGUUGGCAGAAGCUGGGAGUUCCUCCAGCUGGACUACCUUUUUGAAAAGCCCUUGGUUUUAGUAACUCUUGCACCCUCUCAAUUAUUCUAGAAGUUCACCAGAUUCAUGCCUUAAAAUAAAAUUCAAUGAAUUUUACAGAGGAGGAAAAGAACCCUUCAUUUUGGAAGCUCUGAUAAAUUCCCCCCAAACUAUUUUUGUCUUCUUGAUUUCAGGAGAUGCCAGGGGUUGUUGUAUUCUGGACAGUGAAUUUGGUGUAGAUUCACUUUAAAUAAAAAUGAAAAGAGAAGCGCUUUCUCUCUCCAGCUAAAACAGCCGCUGGUAAGGGCUUAGGUCGAAUGUUGGCCUCCCAGGAUGCGUGGCAUUGGCCCGAGAGACACCAAAACAAGGAAAUGGCAUCCUCACUGAUGCCUGCACUCUGGGCUCCAGCAGCCUCACAGUGGGAUGGUUUUUCAACGGCCUCUCAAUGGGGAGAAACUAAGGAAAGAGAAGGCUGCAGGACUGAAGAGUGGCAUUUGAGGAUUGCCCUGGGUUUGUGGUGGGCCCUUUCCAAUUUGGCAGCAGGUCAAGGGCGUCUCAGAGCUGACUCCAUGCGCAGACCUUGCUGUUAUAUGUUAUGAAGAACAGAACCCUUAUUCCCAUCGGGCUGUCUGAUCCCGGAGGUCAGUGCCUUCAGGCCCCAGCCGGGCUCCGGGUUCCGCGUCUGAUGUGCUAUUGGAAGGGUUUGGGACAGGGUGCUGGGGGGAUGAGGCUCGGCCGCAGCCCUAGAGAAGACCUCAAGAACAUCAGAGGGGAGCCUGGUGCUGUUUCCACAAGCCGACAUACUCACCUGGAGGCGGCCUGCCUAGCUCAGCCCCUGGAAGGUGGUUCCUGUUGUUUCUGUUCCUGAUGGCAAGCAGGUAGACGAGGAAGGGAUUGUUCGUUUUAUUUACUUAUUUUUGCAUUUUUUUUAUGGUAGGUAAGAGUAGACUGCACAUUCUGUCCUCUGCUCUAAUGGCAGAAGGGUAGAGGGAUCAUCUGAGUUUGACACUGACAUUUUAUCAGUGAAGAAACUGAGGCACAGAAAGGAAACAUGUAGAACAUAAAAUGAUCACGUGUAAACCUUGAGGUACAUGAUCCCCAGCGAGGAGAGAGCUGUUGGGAAGCUGUCAGGGAGAAGAGAUAAGGCAAUGCCAGAGGCAAACAGACUGGCUUGGACAGGUGUGGUGAGGAGAGGCUGGAGGAAGCAGGAAACCUGAACUUGGCAUCCGGCCACCUGGGGGCCUCGGAAAGGUUGGUGUCUCCAAGAGGCAGCUCUCUGACCUCCUGGCCGGACCUUGCUGGGAAAAGCCUGCCGCCUCCAUCAGAGGCUGGAACUGUGCAUUGUCAGAGAGGCUGGUAGUCUUUUCUCCAGCAAAGUGAAAGCUGACCCGCCAGCUCAUCCCCCGGCAGCGUUUCCAUGGAAAUCCCAAUGGCUGUUCAAACAACCGCAUUCCCAGUAGUGUAAUGGCUCCCUUGCUGACAGACUGAUCUUCUCCAUCUUGGAAAGCUGGAGAGAGCCCCUGGGAGGGAGAGAGGAGAGGCUCUCUCAGCAUUCAAUCAGAACCUUCAGUUUAAAAAUCAUCUAAGCUUCUAAUUUGUGUGUGUAUAUAUAUAUUUAUUUUUAUUUAUUUUUAUACAAUUCCAUUGGCAUGGUCCUUCACCCACUCCGUAAUUUGCACUUUUUAUUCCUACGUGUGUCAUACACAAUGCAGUAUGAAAGGCAACCAGGAAAAUAUUGAUUUAUUUUUUAAAGCUUUUCCUCAGUGUUUGUCCACCAUUUCAAAGUGUCUCCCAGAAAAGGUUGUUCAAGAGCAGCUGCCGCCUUGAGCUACAGAUCCAUGUGUUACCUGAGUUACAUAUAACUGAAGGCCUAUGUAAUUUUCUUUCAUCGUAAACCCCUGAAAUAAAGUAGAUCCAGACCAUAUGCCCAAAGAAUUUGGUAAAUUUGAUGUUGUGUGAGCAGCAGCCACUAGUAUCAGGGUUUCCCUUUCUUGGACACUCCGAGGCUGUGAUCUGUUAGAUGAUACUUGAACUGGACCAGAGUUUGUUUUUUGAGCUUAUGAGAAAAAAAAACACUAGUUAAUUUGUUUGAACUUGUAAAGUAUUGGAUUUUGUUGAGUGUCCUAUAAAUCGUCACCACUUUUCCUGAUCUGUAUAACUGACCGCAAGUGUUUGUUUCUACAAAAGGAAAAAAAAAUGAUUUUUAAUAAAGAUAAUUUGAA